UUGUGAAGUUAGUAACUUCGUCGUGGCAAGCAUUGUGCAAGUGUCUAAGUGCAAAUCUAAGCUAGAGGAACUUUCCCUAUCGAGCGCUACAAUUCUUGUUUGUCGUUGAGUGACAUUAUCCGUUACAAGUGUUUCAGAGUCCGAAGCAGCGGCUAAGCCAUGGCUACCACCCCAGAAAAGGAGCUGAGUGCGUUGGAAUUGGGCGACCUGGCCCCCAUGGCGAUUGAUGCAGGGAGUGAUCUGAAAUCGUUUGUUCAGGAGCGGGAUGAGCAGAAGGUCGCUCAAGAUCAGAAUGCCGAGAAGCCGGAUGAAGAUCAGUCGAAGAUCGAGAAGGCUCUGGCAGAGGCAAUGAGCGACAUUGUGGAGCGAGGUGAAAGUGAAGCCAUCAGUGGAAGGCCAAUAGGUGAAAAUGACAAGCCAGAAGCUUUGGAGGAUGUCCCGGAAGAGGCAAACAGUGUGGACGAGGAUCACGUCGAGCAAGAGACCACUCACGACACAGCUCACGACGGGGCUCACGAUGAAGCCAUCGAGGAGGCCUCAGAAGAUGCAGACGAAGACGAAGAUCGCCGUGCUGGUGUGGAGGUUUAAGCUGUUGGACAGUGGAGAUGGCGAUGAGUUGAGUUGGUGUGCUGUUUCCUGCCAGCAGCAGCAAAGGGAGUGAAAGGAGUGAAUGAACCCCGGGAUGAAUGAAACUUGGAUAAAAACCCGCAUAUAUUCCAAUGAUGGUGGAUGUAGUCUUGCAAUUUUCGAUAAAUGGAUAAAAAGUUGUAAUUUUUUUUUUUUGGUAAAUCAAAAAUAUUGAAUAAAAUUUAAGCGAAUAUGUA